AUGACAAUACAAAAUGACAACGCAAAAAAUGCUGAAAUUAUCAAACCAAAAAGUGACCAAAUUGUGAAUGACAUUGUACAAACGGAUGAUUUAAGUAAACAAGUGAAUAAUACCCCACAUAACCCUGUACCGAAAACAAACAGUGAAAGUUCGUCUACCGAGCCCUCUAACAAAGAGACCCAGCCCGAAAAGCCUGGUUGGGAGCCCCCAAAGAGCCGUCACCAACGUCGGCGCAGUCAUAAACCUGCCCCCGUAUCAAUAAAGGGGACCGCAAAAAACACCGAGGUCGCCGGAGUAGAAGUGCUUAGAUACUUACACGGGUGCUACUUCAAGUACGAUUCAACGCCUGAAAACAUUAUUAGCCACCUAAGAAGUAUUUGUGAUGAUGUCCAGUACACCGUGGAAGCUAUACCAUCGAAAAGAAAUACUUACAAGUCAUUCAAGAUAGGCAUACCUACAAAUGUUUAUGACAACUUCCUAACGGCAUCUGCAUGGCCUUUAAACACCUGCAUAACCGAUGGCGGCCCUUUCUCCGACCCAGGGAGUCAAGAGCUCCCAAUGCAGAUGCCAACUAGUAGGACUCCCUCACCUGCAAACCUAAACAAUGAUAAAAGACCAUUGCAUAACACCGUACAAAUGAAGAUUUUACAUCAAAACAUAAAUCGACUAGCAAACAAAACGUAUGAAAUUGAAUCUGAACUACAGAUAAGUGAUCAAAUUGACGUGCUUUGUUUUACUGAGCACUGGCUACAGGCUAAUCAAAUAGAUUCUGUUAACAUAUUAAACUACAACCUGAGGGCCCAAUUCUGCCGAUCAACAAAGAACGGUGGAGGGAGCUGUAUCUAUGUCAGGACCGGAAUCCCAUGCAUCGAGCGAAAAGAAGUCACGGACCUCGGAAUUGAAUCCCAGUUCGAGAUCUGUGCUGUGGAGUGCAUCGGACUUGACCUCGUCAUCGUGUGUGUAUACAGACCCUCGAGCGGUGAUGUUUUAUCAUCGCACUCGCAACCUGACAGCACUGAGUCACGCACCGAUCGGCUGACGCUGCAAAGUUUAGAAUCUGACUACUGGACAACGUUGAGACAACAAUAUGCCUACCAACCCGGGCGGUCGACGGCGGACGCGGCGCGCGAUGUUGUGACGCGGGUGCUGGCACACCUGGAGGGCGGGCGACAGGUCGCAGCGGUGUUCUGCGACCUGUCGCGCGCCUUCGAGAUGAUCGACCACUCACUCUUGCUAGCCAAACUCUCCCGCUACGGCUUCAGUGGAAGUUUUCAUGACGCUGUUACCUCGUUUCUAAGCAAUCGAAGACAAGCUACAUACGUGCUCAAUACGAAGUCAAUUCUGGAACCGAUAGGAUGUUCUGCUGUUCCUCAAGGAUUUGUGAUGGGCAAUAACUUGUUUCUGAUCUUAGUAAACGAUAUCACAACCGCUUGUCCCUACCCCGAGUACGUGAUGUUCGCCGAUGACACCUGCAUCAUAGUCAACGCCGAUAAUUUCGACAACUUAAAAUUGAAACUUGCCCAUGUAAUGCAUCAAAUGGCCGAGUGGUUUACGGCAAAUGUUCCCCAAGUUGACACGACAAGGUACUUAGGGUACAUGAUCGACGCCGGGCUGACGUGGGCCGCGCACGUCGACCACAUGUUCGACAAGCUGUCCUCGGCAUGCUACGCCCUGUCCAGACUCGCGCCCACCCUGUCUGCCAAUAACCUGCGUAAAGCGAAAUUUUAUGUUUAUUAUUUAUGUGUGAUCAACAGGGUAAAGACCGGUAGUGAUAACCGAAUUGUAAGAGGCACACUGAAUAUCAAUAUUAAAAUUGAAAGGUCCAGCCUGAUGAAGUCUACGCUCCGACCUACUCGAGCCCAUGUUCAAAACCCCGAAAGCUUUCAACUCGAGCUCUCUAACCGCUUUGCUUGCCUAGAGAACUUGGCUUCAGUGGACGAAAUCAACGACGGGCUAGUGGAAACUGUCCACACAGUAGGGUCUAAGUUUUUUAGACCCCGCCGUAAAGAUAGACCUCAGAAAUUGACCGAGCAAACCUUAAACCUCAUGGCUGAACGACGCUCGCUACAGUUGCAGUCUCCCGAUGACGCGGAGUCAUAUAGGCAGCUCAAUAGACGUAUAUCUAAGUCCUUGCGACAUGAUCUGCGUCUCUUUAAUACUAACCGUAUUAAAGAGACUAUUGAGCGAAACCAAGGCUCCAAAGUGUUCGCAAAGGACAAAGCAACGCAAGCAAAGCAAGGGUCUAUUGGGCAAAGCCAGCUGACAAAGCUGAAACGGGAAGAUGGCAGCAUAGCGUCGAGCAAAGCGGAGGUUUUAGGUGAGAUCGAGAGGUUCUAUGGACAGUUAUACACUUCGAUCGCAAAGCCCGUUGACAGCUUGGUAGGAGAUCCAAGAGCCAAGCUGUCCCGACAUUAUACCGAAGAUAUCACGGACAUCAGUCUGUACGAGAUUAGGAUGGCCCUGAAGCAGCUUAAGAACAACAAGGCGCCGGGCAAAGACGAAAUCACUUCAGAGCUUCUGAGAGCGGGUGGAACACCGGUACUUAAAGUCCUCCAGAAGCUCUUUAAUUCCGCCUUGUCCGAGGGCAUAACGCCUGAAACAUGGAAUAGAGGCGAGGUGGUGCUGUUCUUCAAAAAAGGUGAUAACAACCUAUUGAAGAACUACAGACCCAUCACGCUUCUGAGCCAUGUCUAUAAGCUGUUUUCAAGGGUCAUCACGAACCGUCUCGAACACAGACUUGAUGACUUCCAGCCUCCCGAACAAGCUGGUUUCCGAAAAGGCUAUAGUACCAUAGACCACAUCCAUACGCUGCGGCAAGUUAUACAGAAGACCGAAGAGUAUAACUUGCCAUUAUGCUUAGCGUUUGUGGACUAUGAGAAAGCCUUCGAUUCGGUGGAAACAUGGGCGGUGCUUGACUCUCUUCAGCGAUGCCAUAUUGACUAUCGGUACAUCGAAGUGUUGAAGUGUUUGUAUAAUAACGCCACCAUGUCGGUCCGAGUACAGGAGCAGAGCACGAGGGCGAUUCCAUUGCUGAGAGGCGUAAGGCAGGGAGACGUUAUCUCUCCGAAACUGUUUACUGCCGUAAUGGAAGACGCCUUCAAGCUCCUGGAAUGGGAAGAACUUGGCAUCAACAUCAACGGCGAAUACAUCACUCACCUUCGGUUUGCCGACGAUAUCGUAGUCAUGGCAAAGUCGAUGGAGGAACUCAGCAUGAUGCUCGAUGACCUCUACCGAGUUUCACAACGGGUGGGCUUGAAAAUGAACAUGGACAAGACGAAACUUAUGUCAAAUGCCAAUGUUGUGCCCAUCCCAGUCUCUGUUGGGAACUCGGUACUCGAAGUUGUUGACUCGUACAUCUACCUAGGACAAGUAGUCCAAUUAGGUAGGUCCAACUUCGAGAAAGAGGUCAACCGCCGAAUCCAACUCGGUUGGGCAGCGUUCGGGAAACUACGUAAUGUCUUUUCGUCCGACAUACCUCAGUGCCUCAAGACGAAAGUCUUUAAUCAAUGUGUGUUACGAGUGAUGACUUACGGCUCCGAAACGUGGUCUUUCACUAUCGGCCUCAUCUCAAAACUCAAAGUCGCUCAACGAGCUAUGGAGAGGGCUACGCUCGGAGUUUCUCUACGUGAUCGAAUCAGAAAUGAGGAGAUCCGUAGACGAACUAAAGUCACCGACAUAGCCCACCGGAUUAGCAAGCUGAAGUGGCAAUGGGCAGGCCACAUUGCACGCAGAGAAGAUGGCCGAUGGGGUCGAAAUGUGCUCGAGUAGAGACCACGGACUAGCAAGCGCAGCGUAGGACGUCCACCCACAAGAUGGACAGACGAUCUUGUUAAGGUCGCCGGAAGACGCUGGAUGCGGGUCGCUUCCAACCGGCACGUAUGAAGGUCCAAGGGGGAGGCCUAUGUUCAGCAGUGGACGUCUUAUGGCUGA